GUCUCUUAUUCUCCAUUAGUUUACGCACUGAAAUCCCCAUAUGUAUCUCACCGUCGAUUCCUUGAAGUCGUACCUGUGAGAGUGUCUUAUAAACCACAUUUCUUUCACCAAUUCACUGAUCGCUAAGCAUGCGUGAGUGUAUCAGUAUCCACGUUGGACAGGCUGGAGUUCAGAUGGGCAAUGCCUGCUGGGAACUUUACUGUUUGGAGCACGGAAUCCAACCUGAUGGACAAAUGCCCAGUGACAAAACCAUAGGUGGUGGUGAUGAUUCCUUCAAUACUUUCUUCUCGGAGACUGGAGCUGGCAAACAUGUUCCUCGAGCCGUGUUCGUAGACUUGGAACCAACAGUAGUUGACGAAGUUAGGACUGGAACGUACCGUCAGCUGUUCCAUCCCGAGCAGCUUAUUACUGGAAAGGAAGACGCUGCCAACAAUUAUGCCCGAGGUCACUACACUAUUGGCAAGGAACUCAUUGACCUCGUGUUGGACAGGAUUCGGAGAUUAGCUGAUAUGUGUACAGGCCUACAAGGCUUCCUCAUUUUCCAUAGCUUUGGUGGAGGCACUGGGUCUGGCUUCACUUCUCUACUGACGGAGAGACUCUCCGUAGACUACGGCAAAAAGUCCAAGCUGGAAUUUGCUAUCUACCCAGCUCCUCAGGUUUCUACAGCUGUUGUGGAACCCUACAAUUCUGUUCUGACAACUCAUACGACCUUGGAGCACUCAGAUUGUGCGUUUAUGGUGGAUAACGAAGCCAUCUAUGACAUCUGCCGUCGCAACCUGGAUAUCGAACGCCCCACUUACACAAACCUGAACCGUCUAAUCGGUCAAAUUGUGUCCUCUAUUACUGCAUCUCUACGAUUUGACGGUGCCUUGAAUGUUGACUUGACAGAAUUUCAAACAAAUCUGGUACCUUACCCGAGAAUUCAUUUUCCGUUGGCAACGUAUGCACCAGUCAUAUCCGCAGAGAAAGCUUACCACGAACAGCUCACCGUGUCCGAGAUUACCAACGCCUGCUUUGAACCAUCCAAUCAGAUGGUGAAAUGCGAUCCACGUCACGGAAAGUACAUGGCUGUCUGUUUACUGUACCGUGGUGAUGUCGUUCCCAAAGACGUAAAUGCUGCUAUAGCAACCAUUAAAACGAAGAGAACCAUUCAGUUUGUAGAUUGGUGCCCAACAGGGUUCAAGGUGGGGAUCAAUUACCAGCCACCAACAGUUGUUCCAGGUGGGGAUCUGGCCAAAGUCCAGCGUGCUGUAUGUAUGUUGUCUAACACAACAGCUAUUGCUGAAGCCUGGGCUAGACUUGACCACAAAUUUGACCUCAUGUAUGCCAAGAGGGCCUUUGUCCACUGGUAUGUUGGAGAAGGUAUGGAAGAAGGAGAAUUUUCCGAAGCACGUGAAGAUUUAGCAGCUCUUGAAAAGGACUAUGAAGAGGUGGGAGUGGACUCGGCUGAAGGCGAGGGGGAUGUCGACGGAGAAGAGUACUAAUUUUGUCUAUUUUCCAUUAUCAUUUGCGUGAACCAUUUUACUUCGUUAACUAAUUGGUUUUUUUACACUGGCCUCUGUUGUCAUAGUAAAUUUUGAUCAAUAUGUAAUACAAAACACUAACUGGUGGUUUCAAAAAUAGUCGUGUACGCCUUUCAAAAUUAUAAAGUUUUAAUUAAAACGUGUGGUUAAAACUGU